AUUCUGUCACUUUAAGUCCAGCCCCUGAGAGAUAGCCAAUAGGAGCCAAAUCAUACAUCAGUCUCUCAGCCUUAAAGCUACAGUAGGGUUAGUGGGCUCCAAGUGUCGGGCGCCCCAGCCUCCUCCACCGCUUCGCGUCCCCUCUGCCCGUUCGCUGAGCGCGCGGAUGAGUGGGAGCGCGGAGCUGCGCGCGGCUCUCUGCCUCCGGCUCCCCGGCCGCGGCCGCGUCCUUCCACUCCGCCUUCUCCGGCUCACGGUGCCCGGCCGGGACUCGCACCUCGCCUGUGCCCUUCACUCGUCUUCCGCGUGAUUUCCCCGCCGCCUUUCUCCUCCAACUGGGAAUGCUAAAACGGGACUGAUGGACGUGUCCGAACUCUGCAUCCCGGACCCCCUCGGCUACCACAACCAGUUGCUGAACCGAAUGUCGUCCGAAGACAGGCACCUGGGCUCUAGCUGCGGCUCCUUCAUCAAGACGGAGCCAUCUAGCCCAUCCUCGGGCAUUGAUGCCCUCAGCCACCACAGCCCCAGCGGCUCGUCGGACGCCAGCGGUGGCUUUGGCAUGGCCCUGGGCACCCACGCCAACGGUCUGGACUCUCCGCCUAUGUUCGCAGGUGCGGGGCUGGGAGGCAACCCGUGUCGCAAGAGCUACGAGGACUGUACUAGCGGUAUCAUGGAGGACUCGGCCAUCAAGUGCGAGUACAUGCUUAACGCCAUCCCCAAGCGCCUGUGCCUCGUGUGCGGGGACAUUGCUUCUGGCUACCACUAUGGAGUGGCCUCCUGCGAGGCUUGCAAGGCGUUCUUCAAGAGAACCAUUCAAGGAAACAUCGAAUACAGCUGCCCUGCCACCAACGAGUGUGAGAUCACCAAACGGAGGCGCAAGUCCUGUCAGGCCUGCCGGUUCAUGAAAUGCCUCAAAGUGGGGAUGCUGAAGGAAGGCGUGCGCCUUGACCGGGUGCGAGGAGGCCGCCAGAAGUACAAGAGACGGCUGGAUUCGGAGAACAGCCCCUACCUGAGCUUACAGAUUUCCCCGCCUGCUAAAAAGCCAUUGACUAAGAUUGUCUCGUAUCUACUGGUGGCCGAGCCGGACAAGCUGUACGCUAUGCCUCCCGACGAUGUGCCUGAAGGGGAUAUCAAGGCCCUGACCACUCUCUGUGACUUGGCAGAUCGGGAGCUUGUGUUCCUCAUUAGCUGGGCCAAGCACAUCCCAGGUUUCUCCAACCUGACACUCGGGGACCAGAUGAGCCUGCUGCAGAGUGCCUGGAUGGAGAUCCUCAUCCUGGGCAUCGUGUACCGCUCGCUUCCCUAUGAUGACAAGCUGGCAUACGCGGAGGACUAUAUCAUGGAUGAGGAACACUCUCGCCUGGUGGGGCUGCUGGAGCUUUACCGAGCCAUCUUGCAGCUCGUACGCAGGUACAAGAAGCUCAAGGUGGAGAAGGAAGAGUUUGUGAUGCUCAAAGCCCUGGCCCUUGCCAACUCAGAUUCAAUGUACAUCGAGAACCUGGAGGCUGUGCAGAAGCUUCAGGACCUGCUGCAUGAGGCGCUGCAGGACUAUGAGCUGAGCCAGCGCCAUGAGGAGCCACGGAGGGCGGGCAAGCUGCUGUUGACACUGCCCCUGCUGCGGCAGACGGCAGCCAAAGCCGUCCAGCACUUCUACAGUGUGAAACUGCAGGGCAAGGUGCCCAUGCACAAACUCUUCCUGGAGAUGCUGGAGGCCAAGGUGUGAUGGCCCCGCAUGCAGACGGAUGGACACGAUCCACGUGGAGACUUCCACGGCCACCAGCCUCGACUUUCUCACACCUGCAUCGGGGCUCUGAGCUGUCCCAGAAGAAGGGGUUUCUUGCUUCCUGGCCAUGUGCAGACUCCUGGGGGGCAGCAGAUGGGGAGAUGGGGAUGGGAGGGUGGGGGCGGGGGGCUCAUCUGUCACCCGAAUUUUCUUUGGUAUUUUUUUUUUCCUUCUCCAUGGGCAGUGCUAAGGCUUGGGCCGGGGCUGACUUCCCUUAGGGCUGGAGACCACGGGAGGAAGCAUCCCUUCCUGCAAGGGAUCCAUUUCUGGACCACUCCAUAUUUAGGACCUGGAGGUACCUGGAUGGGCAGGGCUUAGUGCCCAGGGCCCAAGAGACUUAGAUUGGGUGCUCCUGAAGGUGUUGGUAUCACAGAGGGCAGGCCCUUGGAACAGGAGGUCUCUGUGGCCUCUCCUGGGGCUCUGUGCCUCCUCAGUCUAGCUGUCUCCCUCCCCUUCCCCCUUUCUUGUCCUAGUACAUCCAGCUCUCAGUGGAUGCUCCUGCUAGAGUAGCCACAUCCCCACCACUAAGAGGCCCCUCCCCUGCUUCCUGCCCCUACCUCAGCCAGCUGAGGUAACUCCAGGACAUGCACCUGGGAACUCGCUGGCUCAGAAAAGAGUUGGGUCCUAUACCCACCCUUGCCUGUUGUUUCUCCUAAUCCUCUUGGGCAUGGCGAGUCUAGAAACCUAUGGAGAAUUCAGGACCUGGCCCCAUCAGAGGACACUCAAGGUCAGCAGCCUAGGUUGGGGUGUAGAAUAGCCUGUAGGACAGUGAGUAGAGGGGAAGUGUCAUUGCACCUUGGAAAGGAAGGAGUUCUAAAGGUCCUCUUUGGCCCUUCCCUUACCUCAUAAAAGGCAAGGCCUUGUGCUGUGGGAGGGCAGCUUCCUGGUGUUUGUACCAGGACUGUUUGAUGUGGCCCUCCUGGGUCAAUUCCUACCAAGCCUCCUGCAGUCCGGUUGUCUUUAUAGGGUGGCCCAUCAACCCAUCCCAGUCUUAGUAAACCCCUCGGUCCUAGGCACACAAACAGCUUUCUUCCAAUUCACUCACUCAAAGGGCAGUCCUGAGCUCAUCCUGGUGUUUAUGGGUUGACAGGAUGUCCUAAAGAAGAUGAGAUUCAUUCUGGAAAAUGGACAUGGACAUGCCACUUUUCUGAGAAGCCCUCCAGGCUUCACCUACUCUGAUCCCUGCCUGGAGUGCCAAGGGUCCCUCUUUCAGGCUUUCUGGCACCUGUCACUGCUAUUGACUCUGCUUCCCUGGUGACACUUUAGAAGCUGCUAGGACUCCAGAUUAGAGGCUGGUUACUUCACAUAGUUAAUGCUAACCUCUCCUGAAGAGCCUUUCCCUGUCCUUUUGCCCACAAGGAAUUGUAUCUCAGAGCCACUGUCGAGUGGAUGUCAAGGCUUUCAUGCUUCUGCGUGGGCUAUCCUUGUCCCUGAUCCAAGGUAGAUACCACUUUUGUAUUAAGCUGGGUUAACUCUUAGGGGUGGGGCUUAUAAUCCUGGCCUCUGAAAACUCCCCUCAGCCACACUGUUUGUGUGCCCAGAAUUGUGGAAAGGGGGUGUCCCCUAAGAUUCCACCUAUUUCUCAGCCUCCGGGACACACCAGCAAGAGUCCGACAAACGCCCACAGCUGCCCGAGGGGACACUGCUUUGAAGCAGCAUCAGUUAAGUUGGCAGCCUUGCCUCCUUGGUCUACUAAUGCAAGUACCUCUGUAUGGGACACUUGUCACCAGACGUGGCUGCUCAUCUGCUGUCCCUAGAUAGAAACUCUUCUUUAAUGCAAGUGAAGAGAAUGGACCAGUGACAGUUGAGCACCCCGUGGGAAAGCAGGGUCCCCUGGGCACCUGGAGUCAGAGGGUAGAGCCCACUUGCUCAAAGACUAGUCAGAUGAGGAAGAUCUUGUGAGGCCAGGGUGCUUAAAACAGAAAACAGGAAAAAGCGAGAGAGAGGUGCUGACUGGGAUUUCUUCCCCUUGUCCCCUAACCUUUCUGAAGAUUCCGGAUGGUUUUGGCAAGCCUCCCAGCUUUUGCGUACAUAAACAGACGACUUCCCUAGGACACAGCUUGAGCAAUAAAAGGCUCUCAUUUGGGGAUAGUUGGGUCAGACAGAGUCUGUGCCUGGUCCUUUUCCAGACUCGACUGCCCAUGGGAUACAGAGGCAGGCCAGGAUGACAGACUUGCAACAAGGAGACAGGAGGGCCCAGAGUCCAAGCCCAUGGAACAGCACCAAAGAGAAGCACUAUGUGGAGAGAUUGCUUUAUUUUCUGAUAAUGAUGUCGUGGCUGGAAUGACUUAAGAUGUAUAUAUUUUUUAACCGGCAGUCCUUCUCGCUGUCUCGCCUCCCCGUACGUAUGUGUUGUCCCACAGCCCUCAUGUAAAUCACAUGCCCUGGGAUUAUCCCAUCCAUUCCCAUGUAUCUGAAAUCUAAUAAAUAAGGAAAGGUC